AUGAUUUCCGACAAGAGUUUCCAGGUAGUACAAGAUGGUUAUGAAUUUUUUGCGAAUCGUCGUUUAGUGACCAUAUUUUCGGCACCAUUCUAUUGUGGUCAAUUCGACAACGCAGCCGCCAUGAUGGUCAUUGAUGCGAAUCUCAAAUGCAGUUUUCGUAUAAGACGUCCGGUUGAUCAUGCAUGGAUUAAGAGGACACCCAGAAGAGCUAAAAAGCGUCGUCGAAAAAAGAAAAAACGUCGCAGUGAGAAAAGCCAACGAAGUAAACGCACUUCUUCCUCCUCCGCAUCCACAUCAACAAAGAAGACCCAGUCCUCAACAAAAGAUUCAGCCCCAUCAUCAAUUCAAUCUCAACCCACUUCAUCAGUAUUACCUCCUCCUCCUCCUUCUUCUUCUUCAAAAUCUGAACGGAAUUCGAAAAAAAGCGUUUCGGAGCGUUCCUCAAAAUCCAAAAAGUCUCGACAACAGCAGCAACAACAACCACCGAAAUCACAACGAUCAACUGAAGAUACUGAUGAGAUGUCAUCCAGCGAACAAAGAAAGCGCGAUCUGACAAAUUCAGAAUGA